AUGCCUCUUCUGCCUCGGCGGCCGGUGGCGGCGCUGUACGUGCCGGCGAGGGGCCUCCUGGAGGCCCGCGUGCCCUGGGGCCGGGACCGCGCGCUGGACCACGUCGUGGAGCGGGAGCGCCACCUCGUGCCCUUCCUCCUCACCAAGGACGCGCUCCUCACGGCGGCCCCGCCGCCGCACGCCGUGCCGCUGCACGCGCUGCCCUCCUCCAUCCCCUUCCCGUUCCGCCCGCUCCGCUUCCUCCGCCUCUACGGCUCCGCCUUCGCGCUCUCCGACCACCCCGUCGCCGUCUCCCCCACGCACCGCCUCAGCGCGCUCCACCUCGACGAGGCGCAGGCCGCCGACGCCACCCGCGCCGACGCCGCCGACCGCCUGCUGCGCCUCCUCAUGCUCGCGCCCGCCCGCGCGCUCCCGCUCCACCUCCUCGCCCGCCUCCGCCUCGACCUCGGCCUCCCCGCCGACUUCCCCCGCUCGCUCCUCCCGCACUACCCGGACUACUUCGCGCUCUCCGCCGACGGCCGCCUCCUCGAGCUCGUCUGCUACCGGAAGGACCUCGCCGUCUCCGACGUGCAGUCCUACGCCCAGCGGACCGGCGGCUACAAGGUCGGCGACCCCAUUGCCUUCCACCUCUCCUUCCCCCGCGGGUUUGAGCUCCACAAGAACGUCCGCAAGUGGCUGGACGAAUGGCAGAAGCUCCCCUACAUCUCGCCGUACGAAGACGGAACUCACCUGGGUCCGAGGAGCGACAUCACGGAGAAGAGGACCGUGGCGGUGCUCCAUGAGGCCCUCAGCCUCACCAUCGGCAAAAAGAUGGAGAAGGAGGUUUUGGUCAAGCUUGGGGAGGCUCUACGGCUGCCGCCGGGGUUCAGGAAGGUGCUCGCCAAGCACCCAGGGAUUUUCUACCUGUCGCAUAAGCUGAGGACACAAACCGUGGUGCUCCGCGAAGCCUACCGGAGGCAUAUGUUGGUGGUCAAGCACCCGAUGAUGGGGAUAAGGUAUCAGUACCUGCAUUUGAUGCAUAUGGGGAAGGAGGAGGCUGGGAAAGCCAAGGGAAAGGAAAGGAAGACGGUGCGUGGCGAGCAGAUGAUGGGAGAUGAGUAUGGUGUGGAUGAGGAGAAUGGGGAAGAGGAGUACGACGAUGAAGAGGAUGAGGAAGAUGAGGGCGAUGACAUAGAAGCUGGUGUUGCCUCAGAGGAUGAGGAUAGCGAUGAUGAGGAUACAGAGAACACUGCAGAGGGAUAAGCUGGAGAACUGCAGUCAGAGACAUCAGGAAGAAUAUAGUCCGUAAACUGAAAAUAAAGCCUGCAUCGUAGCUGUUCUUCUAAUGCCUUUGUCGCCUUGUUUUGAGUUAUGACUGAAACUAGAGUCUGCAUCAUAGCUGUCCAUAAACUGGAGAGCGGUAGUCGUAGACAUGAGGAAGAAUACAGUCCGCAAACUGAAAGUAGAGUCUGCAUCAUAGCUGUUCUUCUAAUGACAAUGUCACUGUGCUUUGAAUUACAUGAGUUCGGAGAAACAACUCAGCAACAGAAUGUACAAUCAGAACUUUUAUAGCAGGUAUAAACCUACUAGAAGAUGGAGCUUAUUUUUGUUUUUCUUGUUUGUGAAGUAGCCGGUGAUCGUUAAGUAAAAUCAUUCUUAUUGUACCCUGGCGCCUUCACCUGAAUUAUUAAUAUAUAUCUUAGAUUUUCGGAGUAUA